UUUCACAGUUGUUUUCGUAGUUGUUUUCGUAGUUGUUUUCGUAGUUGCAGUUGGAGGCGGCCAGGGAGAUACUUUAGUCGUCGUUGUUAUAAUCGUUACUGCUGUAGUCGUCGCUGUUGUAGCCGUCGUUGUUGUAGUUGCUGUAGCGGGCGGACUGGCUGUUGUAGUCAUGGUCGUAACUGGUGUCGGCUCAGCUGUAGUGGCUCUCGUCGGCUCCGCGGUCGCUGUAAUGACUGUCGUCGGCUCCACGGUCGCUGUAAUGGCUGUCGUCGGCACCACGGUCGCUGUAGUUGAUUCUGUAGUUGAUUCUAUAGUUGUAAAAGAUGUAGUUGUGGUCGGCAGCUCAGUUAUGGUGGUAGCUGUAGCUGUCUCCAUCGUCGUAGUGGUUGUUGCAGAAGAAGUAGUUGAAGUGGGUCCCCGAGUGGUAGUGGGUUCCCGAGCGGUAGUGGGCUCCCGAGUGGUAGUUGGAUCACGAGAGGUAGUACUAAUGGCAGCGGUAGUGGGAGAUAUUGAUGGGUCUCGAGUGGUAGUGGUAGUAGAAAUAGUAGUGGUAUAUAUUGGUGGCCUCAGAGUAGUAGCCGUUGUUCUUGUAGUCGUGACCUCUUGGCUUCCGAAGAUGGUCGUUACUUUUGACUGAUUCUUGGAAGCGGCUGUAGUCGCACUCGUGGUCGUUGUCAAAGUGGCAGUUAUAGUUGCGGUGGUUGUAUCUGGAUCGUCAAUGGUGGGCACUUUGGAUGUGAGCGACGAGGACAUGGUUCGAUCGGACGCCCUUCUCCUUUGAUUUCGUGGUGUUGGUAGUCGUGUUACUCCUGUAAUGCAAAGCAGCGACAACGGUUCAGAGUGAUUGGGGAAGUGAAGAGGAAAGGAG